UAAUUCCAGCCCAGGUUUCACUCCUUGCUCAGCUCCACCAUGUUCAGGCAAACCGUCUCUCGUGCUUCGGGGGCAGCGAGGAAGGGCAUGGGGAUGAUGAGCAGGCGAGGAAUGGCGAGCGACGCACCCAAGGAGGAGUUGAUGGAGACUGGACUGUACGACUUUCACGUCAAGCAUGGAGCUAAGAUGGUGCCUUUUGCCGGGUUCUCUAUGCCCUUGAGCUAUGGUAGCGUCGGACAAAUUGCUGCACACAACCAUGUUCGUAACUCAGUCGGUCUCUUCGAUGUCGGUCACAUGGUACAAUCCUUUAUCCGCGGCCCCAGCGCUCCGGCUUUCCUCGAAUGGAUCACUCCCUCGGGUUUCGCCUCGCUCCCGCAUUUCUCGUCACAGCUCUCAGUGAUCCUCAACGAUCGCGGUGGGAUUAUCGACGACAACGUCAUCUGCAGGCACGAUGACACCACGUACUACGUUGUCACGAAUGCAGGUCGAAGGGUAGAGGAUCUCGCGUGGCUCAAGGAGAAGAUUGAGCAGUGGAAUGAAUCCAGGGCAGAUAAGGUCGAGAUGGAGGUGCUCGAGAACCAAGGCCUGGUUGCCUUGCAAGGGCCGGAGGCGCCGUCCGUCCUGCAGAAGCUCACACCGUACGAUCUCACCCAGUUACACUUCGGCAAAUCGACGUAUGCCGACAUCGCGGGUGUCCGAUGCCACGUUGCUCGUGGCGGUUACACAGGGGAGGACGGCUUUGAGAUUUCUAUCCCAAAAGAGCAUACGGUCAGCAUCACGGAGACACUGCUGCAGGGUCCGGUACAGAUGACCGGUCUCGGUGCCCGUGACAGUUUACGGUUGGAGGCAGGCAUGUGCUUGUAUGGGCAUGACCUGAAUGAGGAUAUAUCUCCCAUCGAGGCCGCGCUUGCUUGGGUUAUCCCGAAAUCCCGGCGCGAGAAGGGCGAGUUCAUCGGCUCUGGUACGGUGCUCGAGCAGUUGAAGGAUGGACCCAUCAAGCGGCGGGUAGGAUUAAUCAUUGACGAUGCGCCAGCGCGGGAGGGCGCUGAGAUUUUCAGCGACACACAGGAGCCCAUUGGUGUUGUCACAUCCGGCAUUCCAUCCCCAACCUUGGGCAAGAACAUCGCCAUGGGUUAUGUCAAGUCCGGUUUCCACAAGAAGGGCACCUCCGUCCUCGUCCAAGUGCGGAACAAGACGCGCAAAGCCACCAUCACCCCCAUGCCGUUCGUGCCAACCAAAUACUACCGUAGCCCAGGCGCCUAGUCGCCAUAGGCACAGUCAACCUGUACCUAGAAGGGAUACGUUGACGGCUUAUCGUCCUCGAAUAUGACCCCCUGGGCAAUUUGCUCGGCGUGCGCGCGGUCGAGCAUAGCGAGAACUGCGUCCUUGUAGUGGGACUUGCCCUUGUACUGCGCAACAUCAUCUGGCCAGCUGCGAAUCGCAGAUGCCAUUCUUCCUGGGAUACCCGGCUCCUGCGCCAGCUUGUUAACAGGUUCUAAGAUCGUCUUGAUGCAGAAGAGCGCUGCGCCGCUCCUUGGGAGCCUCCUCAGUGCUUGCCUUUCACUCCUGAAGUACACCUCUUCUGGUCCGUUUGCCGGUGCAGGCUUCUGGAAACCCUUAAAUCCGUCGCCCAGCUCGUUCGGAUCCAGCCCGCGCCACGUCACAUCUUCGUCCCCCAGCCCUCGUUCUGCCUAAGCCAGACUGCCGCCCAGUUGGAACGAGUAAUUAUGUCGCACUACUAGCUUGUCGACAGGAAGGCGCUGGAAGUAGCGGUGAAUGGAUAGAUGUAGCCGGGACGCGUAUUGGGGUACAUAACCGCUGACAUGGAUCUCUUCGAGAGGCAUGCCGAACUUCUCGUCUGGGCGCCAUGAUCCGGCAACACAGACAGAACCAGCCUGGAAAUAGUAACACCCAUCUUCGCCUUCGACCAUGACAACGAUAUCGUCCGAUGUUAUCUGUCCAACAACCCAAAUUGGGUCAUCCUUUGAGAGAUCGUACUUGGCCCUAAUAGGGAUGAUCUCGAGCUUGCUGAUUUGACCUUCCUUGUACCAACCAUAGUCACCUUUCUCAUACGGAAGCCGCUCUACAUGAUAGAUGUGCGGAUAACGACGCGCCAUGUACUCUGCGACCUCAUACAUUGCUUCCCUCGCUCCUGCAGCGCCGCCUGGCACACCAGGGCGAGGCGGCAUCGUACGAACGACUUUCUCGCCACGAUUCUGAGCACGCGCAGCCUUGAUAGCAUGCCAUUCCCCGAAUCGAUUAUCGAGCUCUAGCCAGCCGGGCCAUUCAAGCGACUUGAUGCCCAUCGUUACAUGAUAAGCUCCCCAUUUGAAUGGACGAUACGGUAUAGGGAGAGUCUUGUUGAAGUCAUAAUCCAGGAGCGGCUCAAACUUGGGGAAGUCAAAUGGAAUAGGCGCCCUUUCACCAAAUGUCCUCUCCGCCUCGGUCCUGCCGGAGGGCUUGUCUGAUUUCACAUCCUGUGUGGUUGGUUUUGUUGCCGUCCACGCAAAGGCCCGAUAACAGAGGUACAGGCCCAAUGCCGACAGGAAGGCCAACGCUGAAAUAUCAAGCACAGAAAGGUUCAUAAUGGACAAUAGAGAGCGGCAAGCCAACAAUUCCUGCACCCCACCCGUAUCAAUCCCACACUCAGAAGACUGAAGAAAUAUAAGAAGUCGAGAAGGUCG